CCACUUCCUUGUUCAAACUUUUAUUUUGGGGAAGGCUGGGGUAGAAGUCUUGUCUGACUCGAACUGCUUAGACUGUGUUGUUUUGUUUCAUGAAAUGUCGACGUCAUGACCGAUAUUGAUAGUGAAAGUUGGCUGGAUGAGGACAUAGCUAUCACGGUGGCUGUAUCUAGAAGAAGCUGGUUAUCGUUGCUGGUCUAAGGCUUCAAAUAAAGGGAAGAUGUCCAUCGCUAACAUUAGCGAAGACAUCCGAAUGGAGUUCCCACUGCACUCCGCAGUUUGGGAGAAUGAUUACAGAACGCUGGAACAACAGAUUAUACGGCCACAGAUCGAUAUUGAGUCUGUGGAUCCGAGAGGCCGGACACCUCUACAUUUGGCUGUCUCGCUGGGACACAUGGAGUCAGUGAGAGUCCUCCUCAGACAUGGAGCUCAAGUUACAAAAGAAAAUGCCAAUAAUUGGACAGUUCUGCAAGAAGCUGUCAGCACGGGAGACCCAGAGAUGGUUCAGUUAGUCCUUCAACGGAGAGACUACCUUAAAGCCUCCACCGCUUUGGAAGGAGUACCUGAGCUUUUGUCAAAGAUCAGAGAGUCGCCAGACUUUUAUAUGGAAAUGAAGUGGGAAUUCACCAGUUGGAUACCCCUUCUUUCCCGGGUUUGUCCAAGUGACGUGUGCCGCAUUUGGAAAAGUGGCGCACACUUGCGCGUGGAUUCUACUCUUCUAGGCUUUGAGAAUAUGACAUGGAUCAGGGGCAGAAGAAGCUACAUUUUCAGAGGAGAUGAUUCAUGUGCAGAAUUGAUGGAGGUGAACCAUGAUGAUCAAGUGGUGGACACUGAGCGUUUUAUCAUAUCCCAAGAGAUGGAGGAUGUCACACUAGAGUCAAUGCAGCCAGCUGAACAGGAAGUGGCCAAAAGGUUGACAACUCCAAUUGUCAAUACCUACUUGGAUACCAGAGACAUUGCUUUUGAAAGGAACAAGUCUGGGAUUUGGGGCUGGAGGACUGACAAAACUGAAGUAGUCAACGGAUUUGAAGCAAAGGUUUUCAGUGUAAACAAUGUGAAUGUUGUCAUCAGGACAAGGACUGAACAUCUUACAGAUGAGGAAAAAGCCAGAAUAAAAAGUGAAAGGAACAUCCUGGAGUCACUACUUGGGACAGUGGAACAGCACAUAAGUGCACAAGGGGACCUGACACUUGAAUAUGCGACUGCGACCAAUCCCACAGCCAUCACUCCAGAGGAAUAUUUCAAUUCCAAUUUUGACUUGGGGAACAGAGACAUUGGUCGACCAAUUGAGCUGAGCAUCCGAACACAAAAGUUUAAAGGUACAUUAUGGAUGAGCGAAGAACAUCCCCUCUCCCUAGUGGAGCAGGUGACCCCAAUUAUUGACCUCAUGGCUCGGACCAGUUCGCAUUUUGCACGGCUACGAGACUUUGUCACUCUGAAAUUCCCUCCAGGAUUCCCUAUCAAAAUUGAGAUUCCACUAUUUCAUGUGCUGAAUGCCAGGAUUACUUUUGGUAACGUUAAUAAAUGCAGUACAGAAGAAGAAGCCAACAUAACACCAGCAGCCACACCGUCACCCACAGGAGAUGACAAAGAAGCCAGCGUACCGCCAACAUUCCAGGUGUGUCCGUCGGUGUUUGUGGUACCCGACAACUACCAUCGCCGAGGGGGUAGCCGCCACGCUCCUGUGUCCAACAAUGAUGAGGAGUUUUUACAGUACGCUAUUCAUCAAAGUCUCCUGGAUUCCCACAGAGUCCCAAGCCAGGAGGGGAUAUGGGAAGACGCGCACAGCGAACUCACUGAUGUUAUGGCCAACAGCCAGAGUGACAGGAGUAUCCCUGAGGGGGUGCUGGUGGAUUACGGUGACACCUCCAGCCCCACAAGCACCUUCUCCACCUCUAGCCCUGACUCUGACCUCCACCUGGCCAUGGAGCUCUCAGUGAGAGCUCAGGAGCAAGAGGAGCGGCUUCGGAGGCAGGAGGAAGAGGAGCUAGAGAAGAUUUUGCAGCUGUCACUUACUGAGAAGUAGAAGGAUAAAGAGGGAAUUGGAAUACGGUCCAGAAGCAAACACCUCACCUGAGUUUCAACAUCCACUCAUCUAUGCAACAGCAGAUGUUUCCCUUUAAAUAAUUCAUUCUUACUAAACCUUUUAAUGGGUGUUUUUCAGUCAGCGGCAACUACAUACUAGUUUUCUGUCUUCCAACUUGAUCCAUUUACUCUGAGGUGUUGAGGUUUUUUUAGUACCUUUAACAGCAGCCCACAUCAUCUCUUGGUCUUAAGGCAGCUCACAAGAAUGUAAUCAAAACAAGACUACUUCAGGUGACUCCACAUAAGUUGGCACUCCAGUUUAACUCUUAAGUGCCAGAGCACUGUAUUUAAUGUUCUCUGUCCUUGGCAUGUCUAACCUUAAGUCAUUGAUCUGAUGGCUGGGGAGGGUAAUACUCUUCCCACUUUGCUGAGGGCCACGAUGGUUUUGAUACAAGAAGCCAUUUCCAUGGAAUAACAAAUCUCAGGGGUCCAGUUUUACACAGCUCUCUCUUGGAAAUGGGUUUUGAAGUACUGGCAAUUUCACACAUAUCACUUCCAAGUAUAUGCAGACUUCUUGUGCUUUUCAGAAUGCUAAGAACAUGCUGGUACAGAAUGAAUAUCACUGCAACAAUUUCAUAUUCAGAUUUUCGUUUUAAUGGGAUUUUUAUCAUUAUCAUGCCCACCUCUCCUCACAUUCGCGUGAGUACUGUGUAGGGAUGCAAUCCUGUGUGAAGUGUUGCAGUCAAUUUAUAUUCCUAAAGGCAAUCUGCAUUUAUUGUUAGCCGCCUGUAGCCACAAACAACUGUAAACCUCCUGACAGAUUGAUUCAGCAUGUGCCAACACUUUGUCGCUUGGAAGAAAGUUUAGCCUGUGCCACUUAAAAGUUUGUGACAUUUUUAAUUAAUUGUUAUCAGGAGGCAAGCUAAAUAACCACUGUAGUUAUUUAACUUACUGCCGACUCUGCAAAUCUUAGUGAUCCCUGAUGAAAAACCACUUGUUAGAACCAUUUUUUUUUCUUUUUGCCAAACUGGUGAAUACUGGGAUUUUUGAAAAGGCCAACUUUGGUUCAUUUAUCUGAGAUGUACUGUUUGUAACACCCCAUUUGAGCUGCAGUUUUUCCUGAAAUUAAAGCACUUUAAUUCCAUA